AUGGUUCUUGUGUGAGUGACUCGAGGAGGAGAGGGGAUAACCGGACGACUACCUUUUGCGCUAACGUUAUUCAUGCAGCAGCAUUCCCUGCAGAGCGCCAACUUGGUGACAGAAUCAUGGCUUGUGGACCACAAUACCCCUCAAGAAAAAGUGUAUUCGUCUGCUGUCUUAUUAUUUCUGCCUUGGAUUGUCACUGUUGAGGAAGUAGGCAGCCCGUGUCACUGAUGCCAGGUGCAGCGCGGCUCUGGGCGUGCUCGGUGCACUCGUAAACGUCAGGAUGAGUGGGGCCGGGGAACAGACUGACAUCCUGUCAGUGACAGACCUGGUCAGGGACCGAUGGAGAGUGGUGAAGAAGAUAGGCGGAGGGGGCUUCGGGGAGAUCUACGAAGUCCUGGAUCAGCUGAAUCAGGUCAAUGUGGCACUUAAGGUGGAGUCGGCCCAGCAGCCCAAGCAGGUCCUCAAGAUGGAGGUGGCGGUGCUCAAGAGGCUGCAGGGUAAAGACCACGUCUGCCGCUUUGUUGGUUGUGGCCGCAAUGACCGCUUCAAUUAUGUAGUCAUGGAGCUACAGGGGAGGAACCUUGCAGACCUCCGUCGGACGAUGCGAAACGGGACGUUCUCUGUGUCCACCACGCUCCGACUUGGUCGGCAGAUUCUGGCAGCCAUCGAGAGCAUCCACUCCGUUGGGUUCCUGCAUCGGGACAUCAAACCGUCCAACUUUGCCAUGGGCCGCCUAUCGAGCACGUGCAGGACAUGUUACAUGCUUGACUUCGGCCUGGCGAGGCAGUUCACCAACUCCUCCCAGGAAGUUCGGCCGCCUCGUCCAGUAGCAGGUUUCAGGGGAACAGUACGUUAUGCCUCCGUCAACGCCCACAAGAACAAGGAGAUGGGUCGUCAUGACGACCUCUGGUCCCUCUUCUACAUGCUGGUGGAGUUCAUGGUGGGCCAGCUGCCCUGGAGGAAGGUCAAGGACAAAGAGCAGGUGGGGAACAUGAAGGAGACCUACGACCACAAGCUCAUGCUCAAGCACCUGCCCUCGGAGUUCAGCAGCUUCCUGGACCACAUCUCCACCCUCGACUACUACACAAAACCGGACUACCAGAUGCUGAUGUCCGUGUUUGACAACAGCAUGAAGAGUUUUAACGUAAUGGAGAAUGACCCCUAUGACUGGGAGCGCAGUGACUCAGAUGGCCUGCUGAGCAUCCAGACUUUGGCCACCACUGCCCAGCAGCUGACCCGUCUCACUCCUGCCUACAUGGGGAUGGCCAACGCGUCGGCGGUGCCCGGAGACCUGCAGCGGGAGAACACGGAGGACGUGCUCCAGGGCGAGCGGCUGAGCGACGCGGACAACUGCCCGCCGAUGCCGUCCCAGCAUGCCCUGGGGGCUGACGUGUGGGAGGAGAUGGAGCGCAACCGAGACCGCAACCGCAACCACGUCCAGCAGCAGCAGCAGCAGCAGCAACAGCAGCAGCAGCAGCAGCAGCCGCUCAUCAGGAAGGUGAGGGAGGUGAGGCCAGCUGCCCUGCGGAGAGUGAAGGUUGCCAGUGAAGAGGAGCGGAGUCAGAACCAGGGCAACCAGAGCCCCAACAGCGGGUCCGGGUCCAUCCAGGGCUCCCCGCGCCGCGUGCGGUCCGAGACGGUGCUGCUGGACCGGGUGGCGCCGCUGCUCCGCCGCAUGAGGCACAGCCAGAGCAUGGGCCUGGACAAGAGGCUCACGCCCGAACCCAAGCCCACCAUCGAGCGCUUCCUGGAGGCCUAUCUGGGUAAACAGCGCCCGGUCCUUUCCCAGGAUCGAGAGCGCGGCUCCAGCCUGGGCAGCCUCCGAGGCAGCGGCAGUGGCAGUGGCGGCGGCGGCUGCGACGAGGACCUCCUGCAGCUAGGGGGCGCCGGCUCCCCCAAGCAGGGCUCCCAGGGCUCCCUGGAGCAGGAGGAGGCGGCCAGCAGCGGGGGCUACGUGGCCGUCACCCUGAGCCCCGUGCCCCAGGAGGGCGACUCCCAGGAGUGGGUGAUGGUGGAGCUGGAGGGGGGCAGCGGGAGCGGGGGCUCGGCCGGCUCCAAGCCCGAGGACGAGGGGAGCGGUGGUGGCGGCGGCGGCGGCGGCGGCUUUGGCGUGUGCACGCUGGGGCCGGAGAUUAUCCCCCGCACCUGGUCCGACCCGCUGUCCCAGCGCAGCGCCGGCGGCUCCAGUGAGCUGGGGGGCGGCGUCCUGUGCCACACCACCCCUCCCUUCGGACGCUUGCCGGGCCUGACGGGGAUGACGGGCAUGCCGGGGUUGUGUGGCGGCCUAUCGGGCCUCAGACGGCUGCCCACCAUCCCGUCGGCUGCCGUCAUGCGCAUCAGUCGCACUCAGCAGGAGCCGUUUGGUGAGCAGGAGAAAUCUGAACAGGACGGUGGGCAGGAGGAUCAGCCAGGCAGCGCCAUGGACCAGCCUGAGCGGGAGCUCGGCCCCGACGACCCCCCUAGCCCUGCGGUGCCACCCCGGGACCCCCUCGACGGAGACGCCCCCAAACCCACCUCCAAGAUGGAGAUGGAAGGGGGCGAGAGCGACUCGGGGUUCCCUGACCAGGGCGACACGACGGCUGGCGGCGUGGAAGGCACCCACCCCUCCGGCGCCACGCCCCCGCCACCCGGUCCGAGACGGGACUCCUCGCCGCGGGCCAGCCGCAUCCCCGUGCGCGACCUCGACUCGCCCACGCGGCGGCCCCUGUCGCCCGCGCUCUCCCCGGCCCUCUCGCCCUCCUGCGAACACUUCCCCUCCGCGCUGCUGCGCGACCGGCUGGCCCUGGCGAGCGGGAACGGGGGAGGGUGGCAGGUCGAGGACCCCACCUCGCUGUCGUCCCUGUCGUCGGGGAGGAGCCGCAUCCCGCGGCCCCUGAGCCCCACGCUGGCCCCGAACGACGUGCAGGCCGCCAGCCGCUUCCUCCCACGCCCCCCACCGGGAAAACCUCCCCUCCGCCCUGCAGGAGACAACCGGCGUCGCCGUUACCGUAUCCGUGCCAGUAGCACUAGCGAUGCUGAUCUCCUUGACAACCUCACGCAGCUGAUGCAGGAGCGUGGCGGCCCCACCCCUCACUACAGAAGCCCCUCCUCCUCAUCCCUGCAGCGCUCCCUAAGCUCCUCCCCCUCACGGCACGAGUCGCACGACGCCGCUGGCGGCGGCGGCGGCGGCGGAGUCUUCCUGGGACGCAGCCAAUCGCCUUCCAGCUUCUCGGGGUCCCCACCACCUCUUCGCGCAGCGGAGCUAAGGGCCUUUCGGGCAUCAGGGUACUGCCCCAAAGGCCGGCUGGGUAGCCCUGAAGGCAAAGUCACUACCAAGCUAAGCAGGUGAAGACCCGUCCAAAUCCAGGAUGGGGUGGACUAGCGG